AUGGCCUCAACUCGAUCAUCCCAAGCCAAAAGAAAGACACCCAACCGCUUUCAAUCAUCAAUCUCAGCCUUCAAUAAACAAGGAAAACAGCCACCCACCACUCGCACCAAGAAGUCAGCUGCCAAGUCAACAUUAUCCAAAAAGAAAUCCUCGAAGUCCAAAAAGCAACAAACUAGCAAUUCUAGCUCCCAAGGCCAUCGAUCUCCGAGCCCAACCCAAACUCAAGGAGCACAAAACAAUCCUGACCCAGAGAGCUCUGACUCCACCUCCAACUCCUCCUCCUCCUCUGACUCAGACUCCGGAUCACCUUUGAUUGGAUUUACCUUGGACAACUUUCAAAGUAAAUUGUCCUCUUGGUCAGCAAACCAACUUCGAAAAACCUUGCAGCAGAAGAAAAACCUCUCCAAUCGUGUUCCAGUUGAUGUGCAAGAAGCCUUACAAUUGCUUCAACAAAACUAUCUCAAGAUCAAACUUAUGCUUGCACUCAUCAGAAAUAUUGGUGAAAAAACUGUCAACAAAUACCUGUAG